AUGGGCACGGCUUGCUGCUCUGAAGCCAAGCAGGGGCAGAAGGAGCAGCUUGCUGGGUCCCAGCCGGUGCAAGCCGGGGCUCCCGCCUCCCAGCAGAAGGCGAAAAGCUCCGCGCAGCCUGGAGCGCCGGCUGCACAAGCAGAUGGAGAUGGCUACAACUAUAAGGUCUUCCCGGAUGGCUCCAGAUACGAAGGUCAGUGGAAGGAUGGCUUGAAGCAUGGGAAGGGCCGCUUCAUCUACCCCGACGGCGACGUCUACGAUGGAGAGUGGCAGGAUGGCAAAGCACAUGGUCAUGGGACUUAUACCUCCAAGCAGUCGAAGUAUGUUGGCGAGUGGCAGAGCGAUUUGAAGCACGGCCAAGCUGUCGAGGAGUGGGAUGACACGUCCAAGUACACCGGGACCUACUCCCACGGGCAAAAGCACGGCAAGGGCAGAUUCGAGUGGCCAGACGGCUCCGUUUACGACGGCGAGUUUCGCAACAACAAC